GGGAUAGGGCUUCGUUCUUUCUGUGGUCAUGUCCUUCUGAUAAAGGAUAUCUUUUCUGUAAUUCAGGGAUGCAACCCCCUUGCAGAGACCGGGCGGAGUAAAUUGCAAAACCGGAGAGCUGUCCUGAACCAGCAGAUUCUGAAAGCAGUGAGGAUGAGAGCUGGCGCGGAAAACCUCCUCCGUGCGACGACCAGCCCCAAAGUGCGAGAACAGGUGCUGCUGGAGCUCAGUUACGUCAAUUCGAACCUGCAGAUCCUCAAGGAAGAGUUAGAAGGACUCAAUAUCUCCGUCGAGGUGUAUCAGAACACCGAGGAAGCUUUUAGCAUUCCUCUGAUACCACUUGGCCUGAAAGAGACCAAAGACGUGGACUUCGCAGUUCCCCUCAAGGACUUUAUUUUGGAACACUACAGUGAAGAUGGUGCAGAAUAUGAGAAUGAAAUUGCAGAUCUUAUGGAUCUAAGACAAGCCUGCCGGACCCCCAGCAGAGAUGAAUCUGGAGUUGAGAUGCUUAUGAGCUAUUAUGUACAGCUUGGUUUUGUAGAGAAUCGGUUCUUCUCACCUAGCAGAAACCUGGGCAUUUUAUAUACCUGGUAUGACUCUUUCACGGGGGUCCCCGUUUGUCAGAAGAAUGUGUUGCUUGAAAAAGCCAGUAUUUUAUUUAAUAUUGGAGCUCUCUACACACAGAUUGGCACAAGAUGCAACCGCCAGACUGAAGCUGGGCUUCAAAAGGCCAUCAAUGCUUUUCAGAGGGCAGCAGGAGUUCUAAACUAUCUAAAAGAAACUUUUACUCACACUCCAAGUUAUGAUAUGAGCCCUGCCAUGUUGAGUGUGCUGGUCAAGAUGAUGCUUACUCAAGCUCAGGAGUGCGUCUUUGAACAGAUCUGCCUUCCUGGGAUACGGAAUGAAUUUUUCACACUUAUAAAAAUGGCCCAGGAAGCUGCGAAGGUUGGAGAGAUGUACAUGCUGUUGGACACAGCUAUGAGUCAAGCACCAGUCAAGGAGAACAUCCCCUACUCUUGGUCAAAACUGGCCCAAGUCAAAUCAGAUCAUUUCAGAGCUCUGGCGCAUUAUUUUGUGGCAACUAUGUUGAGCGACCACCAGUUACAUCAGAACGAUGAUGAAGAUCAACAGGAAAAGGUUUUUUGCCAGCUGUACGACCACAUGCCUGAAGGAAUGACACCCUUAGCUGUCUUAAGAGAUGGAAGCCAGCGUAAACAACUAGGAAGAGUUCAUUUGCACAGAGCCCUCAAUUAUCACGAAGAAGCCUUAAGAGUUUGCAGCUUAUGCAGAAAGCUCCGGAAUAUAGAGAUCCUUCAGGAGAUUUUAUCCGUAGCACACAAGCAGUCCCUUCUCAAAUACACCCAGCAGGAGCAGAAAGAUGACUUCUUUAGUUUGGUGCAGGCACCCAGUAUCCUUUCCAAGACGAAUCACAAAAUAGAACUAAUUGUUCCUCUGUUCUCCAAUGUGAAAGUGAGAGACUUCUUUGAAAGGCUGGGCCCACUUACAGUGUUUUCAGCUAAGCAGAGGUGGACACCACCUCGCAUAAUUCGUUUCUGCUGUGAAGAUGGCAUGUUGGGGUUUACUCUCAAAGGAGGCCCACCAGUGCACAUUGACUGCCUUGACCCAGCUUCUCCUGCAGCAUUGGCAGGUCUGAAAGAAGGAGAUACCAUGAUCGCUGUUGAAGGCACAGAUUGCAAAUGGUUGGGAACAAGUGACGUCUUGGAAAAACUCCAGAAUUUGAGAGAGCGGGAGAUUGAGAUCCAAGUGAUCAGCUGUCAAGAAACAACACCUUCCUUGCAUAACAAAAGUGCCACUUACUCUGCGGGGAUGCAGAAGACAUACUCCCUGAUAUGUUUGGCCAUGGAAGAAGAUAGAACCGACAAGGCCAAGAAGGUGACUCCUAAACCAUCCUUCUUGAGUUGGGGAACCAAAAAUAGGCAGAAAGCCGCGAGCACACUCUGCCUGCCUUCAGUUGUAAGUGGCAGCUCCACCAUUAAGAAGAAACUGGCGUCUCCAUUCACGCUCUUCAACACGGAUAGUUCGUUGUACUAGGACUUGGAAACGGAGGGCACCCUCACCCAGAAAGGAUCCCCGAAUGGGUGUUGCAAAUUCAAAAAUGUAGCCUUUAGGAAUCCAGAGUUGAGUAGCCCCGAUUUACAAUAAUAACUACCCAUUCAAACCUGGCUCCAGCUGUACAACUCGCAAGGAUAUGAAGGUUUUGGAAGUACUUCUUUCAGAAAGCUUCACGCACGUACGUGCUCCUGGAGUCCUCUAAAACUUCUGUAUGGGUUUCUGUCUUAGUUAUGAUCUAUCUUGGGAAACUACAGAAUGGUUUUGCGGUGUGUAAUAUAUGCUCUUCUGCUGCGAAGACUGAGGUUUUUCUGUUCUUUGUUUAAAAAAUGUGAAUGCAUAACACCGUAAUGCCAUAUGGCUGACCCUCCCUCCCAUCUACCUUGGGAGAAGUAAUAGAACUGUUUGCCACCCUAGCUCAGAAUCAGAGGUGAUUCCCUUGCUAAUGACCUUGAAGCCCAAUAAAUGAGAAACAGGAUGUGGGCCAGUUAGCAAUGUUGUGUGAGUUGACAGUGUCCACAGCCAGUCAGAACCAAACUCUUAAAUCAAUUAUUGAAGGUCCAGGUGGUGCAAAAGAGAGAGGAUAACUGAAUAAAUCUAACAGGGUGCGGUGCAGGCAAUCCCCCAGUUUAAGGUUUUAAAAUCCUAUUUUCUACCCUGCUUCAAGGUGGUUUAAACAAAAAGAACCAUUUUUAAAAGGGAAAUGACAUUGCUUAGUGCCCAGAACUGGGAACAGGGUGGAUGGCAGCAGAGAAGACUUCUGAUACGUUCUACCCAGGUCCAGAUUUUGCACAAAAGAAUUUCAGACACCAGCAUCUAGGCCUGUCACUGAAGCCUUCCAUGGACUCAGGGCUAAGCCCACCAAGGGCAACCGGUUUUUGCAUUUUCUGGUGUUCAAAUGUUCCUGGAAUUCCCACACCAAAUGAAAGCGUUUCACCUACCACCAAGAGAAGCCAUCCAUUGACAGGGCACCAGAUGUACCAGAAAGUAACCUGCCAAGGACAGCCUCGAAACCAACCUUGGGCCUGGUGCUUUUAAGCAUCACAGGAUGGAUCCACUGGAAAACAGCUUCUGUAUUGCAAGAUCUUAUGUAACUCGGUAUCGUUUUCUACAUACAUCUGCCAAGCGUUAGAGUAAAGAUGGAGAUUUCCUAAUAUGGGCGGAGAAAUCUGCUAGUGCAAAUGGGAGAGAGUAGAAAGAGAUCAGCCAGUUUGGUUGCAGACCACGUCCCUUGCACCUGCCAGAUUUCAUUUUAAAUAGAUAUUGUAGCUCAGCAAUACUACUUUUGAGGAGGAUAUCAACUGAUGUUUUUCUCUAGUGCCGUUCUGUCUGAAGAUGCAUUCCAAAGAGCUGAUAACAUAACUUAAUUACGCCUUUAGUGAAAUUUAUGAUUUUGGCGCACUAAUGAACAUGCCCAACUGGAAAAGUAGUUGCAGCUUGGGGUUUUAUUGUUGCUAUUACUGUUUGUUUAAAGUUCCAGGCUGCUAACACAGUUGUAUGUUAGGCUGAAAUAUUGCCUAUAGCAGUGUUUCUCAACCUUGGGAACUUUAAGAUGUGUGGACUUCAACUCCC